AUGUCGCGGCCGAAGUUGGUGAAGAAGGAUAGAAAUCCACCAGUGACAAGUCCAUAUCCAAAACCAGGAUGGUCAUACUCAAAUCUCAUCGCCUUAGCCCUAAAGAAUAGUGAAACAGGACAACUAACAGUAUCGGAAAUAUAUGCUUUCAUGUUAGAGCACUUUCCCUACUUUCGUACGGCUCCAUCCGGUUGGAAAAAUUCCGUUCGUCAUAACCUCUCGCUUAACAAGUGCUUCUGCAAAGUUGAAUUGGAUGAAGAGCUUUCGAUGGUCCAGCAGACAAGAAAGUCAUGCCUUUGGAUGAUCAAUCCGGAUAGACUUGAUAAAGUGGAGCAGGACAUACGAAAAUGGCGUGAACGUAAUCCUGAUGCUGCCACUGAAGGCAUGGCCCGACCUGGUAAAAUAUAG